AUGGGGAAAGCAGUAUCCAAAUUAACUAAAGAUGAAAUAAAACAACUUCGACUGGCAACAUAUUUUGAUAAACGAGAAUUACAACAAUGGUAUAAAGGAUUUAUGAGAGAUUGUCCAAGUGGUCAAUUAUCAGAAGAAGAAUUUGUAAAAGUUUAUAAACAAUUCUUUCCAUUUGGUGAUCCAACUGAUUAUUGUUAUUAUUUAUUUCGAGUAUUUGAUUUAGAUAAUUCAAAAUAUAUCGAUUUUAAAGAAUUCAUUAUUGCAUUAAGUAUAACCAGUAGAGGUACAGAAGAACAGAAAAUAAAUUGGAGUUUUAGAUUAUAUGAUUAUAAGAAAACUGGUAGUAUAACUUAUAAUGAUUUAUUACCUAUAAUUAGUGCUGUUUAUAAAAUGAUUGGUCCAAUGGUUGCUUUACCAGAUGAUGAAAGAACUCCUGAAAAUAGAACUGAAAAGUUCUUUAAACUACUAGGGAAAGAUAAAGAUGUUGAUACGUUAAAUUUACAAGAUUUCAAAAAGUUAAGUAAAUUAGAUCCUUCCAUAUUAAAUGCAUUGAAUUCUUAUAGUGGAUUGGUGUGA